AUGGGUGAGCUCGUCAACGGCCACCGCGAUGCCUCGGAGGAGCUGUGGAGGCAUCCCAGUCCGGCGUCGACGCCCAUGUGGGCGUUCCUCCAGCACGUCAACAGGAACCGAGCCGUCCACCUCUCUGGCUAUCCGGCCCUCUACUCCUGGUCCGUGAACAACGUCUCCGCCUUCUGGGAGGAGGUCUGGGAUUUCGUCGGCAUCGUGGCCUCCCGAAAGGCCGACAAGGCACUCCCCGCCGACGCCCCCAUGUACCCGCGGCCCGACUUCUUCUCCUCGGCGCGCCUCAACUUUGCCGAGAACCUGCUCUUCCCGCCGACGGCGACGGCCAUCGACCCGUCGUCGCCCGCCGUCAUCACCGCCACCGAGCUCCAGGGCGACCUGCGCUUCACCUCGUGGGCGGCCCUUCGCGAAGCCGUCCGCCGGUGCGCCAACGGGCUCCGCGCCCUCGGCGUGCGUCCCCGCGACGUCGUCGCCGGCUACGUCUCCAACCACGUCGAGGCCCUCGUCGCCAUGCUCGGCGCCGCGUCCGUCGGCGCCGUCUGGACCGGCAUCAGCCCCGACAACGGCGUCUCCGCCGUCCUCGACCGCCUGAGCCAGAUCGCGCCUCGGGUGCUCUUCGCCGACAACGGCACCGUCUACAACGGAAAGGAGUGGUCCGGCACGGCCAAGACCAACGACGUCGUCGCCGAGCUGAAAAAGUCGGGCCUCGAGACCGUCGUCGUCGUCGGCAACGUCAAGGGAGAGCUCGGCACGGCCGAGCUCGAAUGCCACGGCGUCAAGGCCGUCGGCUACGACGCCUUCCUCGCCGCCGCGUCGGCCGACCCCCUCGUCUUCGAGCAGCUCCCUCCGUCCCACCCGCUCUACGUCCUCUACUCCAGCGGCACGACGGGCCUGCCCAAGGCCAUCGUCCACACGGCCCUCGGCACGCUCAUCCAGCACAAGAAGGAGCACAUGCUCCACUGCUCGCUCUCGGCCUCGUCUCGCAUGCUCUACUACACCACCACCUCGUGGAUGAUGUGGCAUUGGAGCGUCGGCGCCCUCGCCGUCGGCGCCACCCUCGUCCUCUACUCGGGCUCCCCCUUCCGGCCGCACGGCCAGCUCUCCCUCCCCAGGGUGCUCUCGGACCUCCGGGUGACGCACUUUGGCACCUCGGCCGCGUACCUGACGGCGCUCGAGGCGAGCAACACCCGUCCCGUCCUGGAGGCGGACGUGGACCUGUCCCGGCUCGAAGCCAUCUACUCGACGGCCUCGCCCCUGCCCCCCUCGACCUUCAAGUUCGUCUACGAGGCCUUUCCCAAGACGGUCAACCUCGCCUCCAUCACGGGCGGCACCGACAUCAUCUCGCUCUUCGGCGCGCCCUGCCCGCUGCUCCCCGUCCGCACCGGCGAGAUCCAAUGCGCCGGCCUCGGCAUGGACAUUCGCGUCGUCGACUCGAGCACGGGCGAGGAGGUUCCGGCGGGCGAGGCGGGCGACCUGGUUUGCGUGAAGCCCUUCCCGUGCCAGCCGCUGACCUUUUUCGGCGCCGACGGCGAGGGCAAGUACCGGGCCGCCUACUUCGACCGCUUCCACGACGUCUGCGGCGUGCGGGGCCCCGUCUGGCAUCACGGAGACUUUAUCAAGAUUCCCGACGCCGCCACGGGAAGCCUCGUCAUGCUCGGCCGAUCCGACGGCGUCCUGAAGCCGGCCGGCGUGCGGUUCGGUUCGGCCGAGAUCUACAACACCUUGACGCGAUUCUUCGCCUCGGAAGUGGAGGAUGCCGUGUGCGUCGGCCGCCGCAGGGAGAAGGACACGGACGAGUCCGUCUGCCUCUUCGUCGUCAUGGCGCCGGGGAAGGUCUUUGGCGAGGAGCUCGGGGCGCGCAUCAAGGCCAAGAUUCGCAACGAGCUGAGCCCCAGGCACGUGCCUUGCGUCGUCGAGGAGUGCGCCGGCGGCAUUCCCAAGACGGGCAACGGCAAAAAGAUCGAAGUUGCCGUCAAGCAAAUCAUCUCGGGCUUGACCGUCAAGACCAACGCCAGCGUCGCCAAUCCGGAAGCGCUCGAAUGGUUCGAGAGAUGGGCACAGAAAAACUGA